AUGAUUGGUCAAUGGUUACUCAUUAUCAUCCUUCUUUUACCACCAAUUUUAUUGAAUUGGUAUAUUCAAUUACCAACAGAACAAUAUUGUCUUGUUCCUUAUACAGAUGUAAUUGCAGAAGUCUAUCAUAUUGUAAUUCUCUAUGUUAUUCCAUUACUAUGCAUUGGAAUAUCCUAUCUAUGGGUCACAAAAUUUAUUCGUAAAUCAUCUCGUGCACCAACAACUUUUCUUGCAACACAACAACGACAACGAAAUCAACGAGAUUUAACGAUCAUCAAACGUAUGGUCAUAUUAGUAUCAGUAUUAAUAGCAUUACGCUUUCCAACAGUGAUUUUCAUGAUAUAUGCAAUUAGCAUUGGUCAUUUAUAUUCAUUAACUUUCAGCAUAGUUGGUUUCUUUACAUCAACAUGUCUAAUAUUUAUCGGAUUAGUCAUAAUUUAUAUCACACCACCAAUAAAAAAACAUUUAUUUUUAUGUCUAAUGCAACGUAAUAAUCAAGUAGGCGUUCAACAACACUUGAAAAUAACAAUGGACAUGGAAAUAAAUAUCACACCAAUACAACGAAAUCAAUUGAGGACAGUUUCAAAAGAUAUUGUUGCUAUUCAAAAACCUUAA